CUGUGUUUCCUUCUUCCUUAUACUGUUGGAUUCUAAACUGCUCGAGUCCGGAGGCGUCAUGAAGUCCACUAACUAAAGGAUUGUUGGGGUGCGGCAGAGGAAUAAACAGUUUUGUAAUGCUGAGAAAGGGGGAGUGGGUAUGGGUGGACUCAGAUAUCGGAGUGCCCAUUGGAGCCAGGCUCAAAGAAAUGCCAACGGGUCAGAGGCUACUGGUGGACGAUGAAGGCAAUGAGCGCAGUCUGGUCAUGGAGGAGGAGCAGGAGGCUUUGCUCAGGAUCAUGCACCCGACAUCUGUGGAGGGGGUGGAUGACAUGACUAAGCUCGGGGACAUGACGGAGGCCGGCCUCUUGAGGAACCUGAUGCUCAGACACAAACAAGGCCUCAUUUAUACCUAUAUCGGCUCAGUGCUGGUUGCAGUGAAUCCAUACCAGGACUUUCCUAUAUAUUCAGCGAACCAGGUGAGGUUAUAUCACGGUCAGAAGCUUGGAGAACUGCCUCCACAUAUCUUUGCCAUUGCUGAGUCCUGCUACUUCAACAUCACACGACACCACAGGAACCAGUGCUGCAUCAUCAGUGGGGAGUCUGGAGCAGGGAAGACCGAAAGCACCAAACUCAUCCUUCAAUACUUGACAGCAGUUAGUGGAGAGUUCUCCCAACAGCAGAUUGAAAAGCAGAUCCUGGAGUCCAACCCAAUUCUGGAAGCGUUUGGUAACGCAAAAACAAUCCGCAAUGACAACUCCAGUCGCUUUGGGAAAUACCUCGAAAUUUUCUUCACCAAAGAGGGCGUGAUCGAAGGCGCUCGCGUGGAGCAGUACCUCCUGGAGAAGUCUCGCGUGUGCCAUCAGGCUUUAGAAGAGCGAAAUUACCACAUAUUUUACUGCAUGUUGGCAGGAAUCACACCAGAGGAGAGGAAAACCUUGGGUCUUGGGUAUGCCAAGGAUUAUAACUUUCUUAAAAAGGGUGGCUGCAUUGUGUGCGAGGGCAGAGAAGAUGCCAAAGACUUCACCUGCAUACGUUCAGCCAUGAAGACGCUGACCUUCUCUGAAGGCCAGUUCCAGGAAAUCCUCCGGCUGCUAGCAGCCAUAUUACACCUGGGAAACAUCUGCUUUGAAGCCUCCACUAAAAACAACCUGGAAACCAGCGAGGUGGCCAAAUCGGAGCAUUUCAACAUUGCGUCAUCGCUGUUGGAGGUUCAGAAAUCUUCUAUUGCGACAAGUUUGACACAUCGCUCCUUCAUGACCACCAGAGAACGAGUGACCAAACCCUUGAGCUCCGACCAGGCCACUGACUGCAGAGACGCUGUCGUCAAGGCGAUCUACAACAAGCUGUUCGUAUGGAUCGUUGGGAACAUCAACAGCACCAUCUACAAGAAGCUGAGCAGCAAACCCAGAUCCUCCUACCUGUCCAUCGGCCUGCUGGAUAUAUUCGGCUUUGAAAACUUCCGAACAAACAGCUUUGAGCAGCUUUGCAUUAAUUUUGCUAAUGAGAAGCUGCAGCAGUUCUUCGUGGCCCACAUCUUCAAGCUUGAGCAAGAAGAGUAUCUGAAAGAGGGCGUGGUGUGGGACAACAUCAGAUUCAGUGACAAUCAGAACAUCCUCAACCUUCUGGCUAUGAAACCCUGCAAUCUGCUGGCUCUGAUUGAUGAAGAGACCCAGUUUCCAAAGGGCUCAGAUGCCACUCUGCUGAACAAAAUGAACAAAGAACACAGAGGAAACAAAAUCUAUGUCAACUCUAAAAGUGAACACGAUACACGUUUUGGAGUCCACCACUUUGCAGGCUUGGUUUUCUACGACACCAACAGGUUCCUGGAAAAGAACCGGGAUGCUGUCAGUUCUGACAUCAUCAAGAUGGUUGACAUGUCCACCAACAAGCUCCUGCGUCAGAUCUUUGAGAGCGAGCUGUCCACCAAUGGAGUGAAAAACACCAAAAACAGCCGAGUCAUCAUGAUGCCCAAAAGCACCCUGCGGGCUCAGGCUGACAACCGCAAAUAUGUGCCAACGCUGAGCGCUCAGUUCCGCCUGUCUCUGGAUUCCCUCAUGAAGGCUCUGUCUGCCUGCCAGCCGUUCUUUAUCCGCUGCUUCAAACCCAACAGCUGCAAGCAGUCUGAGGUGUUUAACCGAGAGCUGUGCAUGCGUCAACUCAGAUACUCGGGGAUGUUGGACACCAUCCGCAUCAGGAAGCUGGGGUAUCCAGUGCGACACACCUUUGAGGACUUCCUGUCACGAUACAGAGUCUUCCUGAAGACCAACAUCUGUGACCCCAGAACUAGUGGAGCUGGAGCCUGCUGUGAGGCCAUCUGCCAGGCUGUGAUUAAAGGACAGGACGAGUGGAAAAUGGGCAGGAGGCAAAUCUUCCUCAAGGAAGCUCACGACGCUGCUCUGGAGCGGUUGCGGGAGGAGGAGCUUAGCAGGGUGGCCGUGGUGAUCCAGAGGGUCAUGCUGGGACACAAAGACAGGAAGUGUUUCCUGAAGAAGCGAAGGGCAGCUGUGGUGUUGCAGAAAAACUGGAGAGCUUGUAAAGCGAGGAAAAAUAUGAUGAAGCUUCGACACAAUUUGGCACGGCUGGUGUCAACAAUCCGAAGUCGGACACUUCAGUUUCAGUACCACAGACAGCAGAGAGCAGCGAUUGUCAUGCAGAAACAGGUGCGGGGCCACUUGGUCAGGAAAGACUAUCAGCUAAAGAGACGACAAAUGGCAGAACAGGCACUCCUCCAGGAACAGAUGGUUGCAGAAAUUCAGCAGCGACUGCAACACGUUAUUGCCGAGCAAGCCACUGAAAAAACAGAGGUUGUUAAUGAACUCAUUUUACCGGAGCCAAGAAAUGAACGUGAUUCUGUGGAAAGCACAUAUGAAGAGCUCAUUUUCACUGAGGCAGAAGACGAACAGCAACCAGAACCAAAGCCAUUAGAGUUUCAGGCUGUUAAAGAGCCAGACGAGCAAACCACUGGGAGCUCGGCGCAGGCCAUGGAUAUCAUCAUCACUCCAGCUUCUCCAUCAUCAACCCCAACGCCCUCACUGGAGGAGGAAGAUGAGGAGGAGUUCUACGACGGCUUUGACGAUGAGAGUGACUUGUUCUCUUUCUAUAAUUUCAGUAAAAAGCACUUCCAGAACAAUGUGAAUCACAAGCACACCUCUCAAAGACUGAAGGAUCCCCUCCUGCACCACGAGGACGAGGCGGACGCACUGGCGAGUCAGACAGUGUCAUGGAUUAUUUUGCGUUUCAUGGGAGAUCUGCCGGAACCAAAAUCAGCCGACUCUAUAUCCCAGAUCUCCAGCAGCACUAUUUCACAGAGCACCAUCUCCAGCCUCCUGCCUCACAAGCAGGGUCGCAGGCUGAGCAGCCUGGUGGGACUGGACCAGAAAAUACUGCGAAAGAAGAAAAAGCACAGUGGUGCAAGCAGAAAAGCAUCAGCUAUUCCUGAAGAGCCAGAGAACUUCACAGACAACGAGGACCUUCUGAUAGGAGAGGGACCGACGCUGCAUCGCCCGCUUACAUCCCUGGAAAAAUUGCACAUUAUUGUUGGAUAUGCUCUACUGAGAAAAGGCAUACGAGAUGAGAUCUACUGUCAGAUCUGCAAGCAGCUGGUGAACAACAAGAACAAGAGGAACUGCACGCAGGGCUGGAUUCUGCUCUCCAUCUGUCUGGGGAUCUUCCCUCCAACAAGCUUCUUCCAGGAGUAUUUGGAAAACUUUCUCCAAAGAGGCCCUCGGGGUUACAGUGAAUAUUGUACGAAGCGCCUGCGACGUGUUAUCGCUAACGGAGAGAGAAAAGAGCUGCCCUGCUGUAUCGAACUGCAGGCUGCCAUCAAGAAGGCGCCCAUCGAUGUGUCCGUGAUGCUCGUGAACAAUAAGUCUGUCAUGGUUCAUUUAGAUUCAGCCUCCACCUCAGCUGAGGUCUGUCAGGCUGUGGCGGACGAGAUCGGACUCAAAGACGUCUACGGAUUCUCCCUGUACAUCACUCUCUACGAGAAGAUGUGGUCUCUGAGCAGCUGUGGGAAACACGUGAUGGAUGCGGUGUCUCAGUGCGAGCAGGAGAUGAGGAGACAGGACAUGGAGGAGAAGGACAGCCCCUGGAGCCUCUCCAUCCGCAAGGAAAUAUUCGCCCCGUGGCACAACUGCUCGCUGGACGCCGUCAGCACAGAGCUCAUCUACAGGCAGCUCAUCAAGGGAAUCAAGUCUGGAGAGUACACCAGUGAGAAGGAGGAUGAAUACAUCCAGCUGGCUGCCAUGCAUUAUUAUAUUCAGUUUGGUUCGGAACCCCGCGGAGAUGACGUCAAGCAGGUGGUUCAAGAGUGCAUCACCACCACACGCAUUGAGAACAAAUCCAUGCUCAUAUGGGUCCAACUCAUCACCUCAGCUCUCUCACAGAAGACAUAUGUAAAUGGGAAUUCGACUGCAGAGCAGGUGAAGGGAGAGCUGGUGGACAUUGCACGGAAGAGAUGGCCUCUGGAAUUUUCAAAGUUUUAUCAAGUUACAAUGAUGGCAGGACCCUCUUUGCCCAAAAGCAGGUUUAUUGUGGCUAUUAACAGCUCCGGCUUUGUCUUCAUGGAGAGAAAAGAGAAGAGACUCCUUGACAUUCCUUACAUCGAGGUGAAGAAAGUCAACAUGAUGAGCGACAGCCACCAGUCCAUGUCUCUGACCACAAUCAAAGGAGAGUACAUGCUGAAGUGUGUGGAAGCUGCCGACAUGACUGAGGUGAUGGAGCACAAUGUGGAGGGGCUCAGACGGCGCUCGGAGUACGCCGUGGUUCAGCAGGACGUCAGUAAACAGGAUGACCCCAUGUUCCUGAUCUGUAAACGAGGCGACCUGCUACUGGUGGACAAAAACGGGAAACAGGCCCCUGAUGAGAACUGGAUCAGAGCAACUAACCAGCGAACCAACAACAGUGGAGCCAUCUCUAAGGCUAAUGUGCAGUUUCUACCAACCAUCACCAAACCCACUGAGGAAAUACUGGAUCAGCUCAGCCCCAAGCAGAGGAAAACCUCAGUCACAACCAACAAUCCUCAGGGAGGAGAAACAGUGGCUCCCAUUUCUCUGAAAGAGUUUGCACUUGAGAAUUUCAGACAAGGUCAUAAAGAAGGUCGUCAUGGUGCGUCCAAAGGGGUCAACAGAGAGAAGCUGUGGGCUUUUUCAAGAGAGCCUCUCAAACAGCCGCUCAUGAAAACGUUGGUUGGUAAAUCUGAGCUCGGUAGCUUGGCCUGCAAUUCUUUCACUGCUAUCUUGAAGUACAUGGGGGACUACCCCAUCAAACAGGCUCGCAGUGCAAUCGAGCUGACAGACCAGAUCUUUGGUCCGGCCAUGCAGCAUGAAGCCCUGCAGGAUGAAAUCUACUGCCAGAUUAUGAGACAGAUGACCAGUAAUAGCAGCAGGUUGAGUAUAGAGCGUGGAUGGCAGCUGAUAUGGCUGUGCUCUGGCUUGUUCCCACCCAGUCCCAAUCUGAAAAGUCAUGCAGAAGACUUCCUGGAGUCCCGGCCCAGAGACCCGCUGGCUGCCGGCUGCCUGCAGAGGCUGCACAUCAUUUGCAGGAAGGAGCCCAGGAAGCUGCCCCCCCAUCAAGCAGAAGUGGAGGCCAUCCAGCAGGAUAGCACCCAGAUCUUCUACAAAAUCCACUUCCCAAAUGACACAAAUGCUUUGUUAGAGGUAUCCUCAACAACCACCAUCAGAGAGCUGCGCCUCAGCGUCGCCUCCCACCUCCACCUGACCUCAGCUAACGGAUACGGCCUGUACAUGAAAACACCACAAAAGAUGACCAGCCUCGAUGAGGACAAAUAUUUUUUCGACAAUCUAAGACAGCCAUCAGAACUUCCUAAAAAGGUCAAAAAAGUGAAAGAAGGCUAUCAGACCAGCCUGCCAUGUCUGGUGAUCUUCAAGAGGAAACUUUGGUUCAACGUGAUCCCGGGGAAAGAUCUGGUUGCUGACCUCACCUUCCAUUUCCCACAGGAGAUGCCCCGGUACCUGCGGGGUUACCACGACUGCAGCAAGGAGGACAUGGCGGAGCUGGGCGGGCUGCUGUUCAGAGUGGCCGUGGACUCGGACCGUUCGCAGUUUGUCAUGAUCCCCAGAAUGCUGAACAUUCUGGUUCCUGCUGACCAGAUCAAACUGAUGUCUGCUGAAGAGUGGAAGAAGAACAUCAUCUCCUCGUACAACAGGCAGAGCGGCAUAACGGUGCAGGAGGCCAAAACCGCCUUCCUGAGGAAAAUUUCAAUCUGGCCGACCUUCGGCUGCGCUUUCUUUGAAGUAAAACAAACGUGUGAACCCGAUUACCCAAAUCCACUUUGGAUUGUCAUCAGCAAAAAAGGUGUGAGCUUCAUAAACCCGAAAACAAAGGGGCUGGAGGUGAUGCGCCAAUUCACUGACAUCCUGGAGUACAGCAGUAAAGGCAACAUUUUCCAGAUGACCACCCGAACCCUGGUGGGGGGCAUCAGCUUCAUCUGUGAAACCCCUCAGGCAUACACCAUGGAGGACCUUGUUAGAUCAUAUGUCAGGAUGUACGAGGAGGAGAAGCAAGUCACUCGACCAAGGAACAUGUUUUCCUGA